AUGUUAAGAAUCAUAAUCGGAUUCAUUUGCCUGGUUGCUUUCGCCUGCCUUGGUUAUCGUUUGGCCGAUUGGUUCGCACGAUAUCGAGCCAUGAAAGGCUAUUUCGUGUACACCGGUCCAGUGGCCGAACGCGAAGACAGUUCGAAAGAAGCGCUGGUUCGUCACCUGUCACACAAGAACGCUUCCGGACUGUCUCAACCAAUUCAGACAUUCGAGCAUCAUUCGACCGACGAUCGGAUCGCCGCAGCUUAUCAAUCCGCGGGACCCAUUCAUGCGGAUACGCCGCGGUUGACAGUCACACUUUGUAAUUUGAAUCCAAUGCGGCAUCGAUGA